AUGAUCGAGUCUGCGGCACCGCUGGAGUUGGUGCGCGAUUUCUUCCUGUCCCAUACGAUCGAGGAAUGCCAGCAGUUCUUUGCGCUGCUCGAGGAUCGCGCCGAUCAGCUCUCUCGGGCCAUCAUCGGGGAUUCGCGCGCCAACAAUACCCUCCUGCGAGCGCUCUCCGAGGUCCGUAAGCGGCUCUCCCGCACGAACGACCUCGUCUUUGCCGGUCGCAUCCUGAUGUUCAUGGCCUACGCGUUCCCCCUCUCCGACAAGUCAGGCGUCAAUCUCAAGGGUGAAGCGAAUGUGGCCAACGUCACCACAAUGGACAAGGAGCCCAGUCCAGCCCUCGAAGAAACCCCCGAGGACAAGUCGGAACCGCCAGUGGACUGGACCUUCUAUCAGAUGUUUUGGGGGCUGCAGUCGUACUUUUUGAACCCUAUCAAGGCCUUCGACGCCUGGCAGGUCGUCACUGGUCACCUCAACUCUGUCCUGGACCUAUUCAAGCAGUAUCCCAUCUCUGAAGAGGAGGCUAGUGCGGCGAGUUACAGCUAUGCCAACCCGCCGGCGGCAAGUGAGUGCUAUCUCACGAAGUAUCUCACCUCCAGCCGACUGCUGCGCUUGCAGCUGCGCGACCCGUGGUUCCGACGCCACAUCAUGGUCCAGUUCCUGGUCUUCUUUCAGUCCCUCCGAGUCGUCAGCGAAUCCUCCACCAUCGCUCAAAAGCUGACUGAGCAACAGAAAAAUGAGAUUGCCGGUUUGACGAAGAAAACCAAAACCUCACUCUGGGAAACCCCGCCCAAUGGGAUGCACUUCACCAACACUAUCUACGCUAUUCUCAAGCGCGAAAACAAUUGGACGGAUUGGAAAAAAGAAGGCUGCCCACCAUUCGAAAAGCCCCCGGUAGCCCCGCUGGAGCCAGCAGCUGUGCGGGCUGCGCGGGAAGUGCGUUUCAACAAAAAGAAGAAGGGCCUUGCUGCCCUCCUCGAAGGGGAAUCAGUACGAGAUCUGCAGGCACUUCUGCAAAAGGAGGAGCGCGGUCGCAUGGUGUCGCUCGAGGAAUGGCUUGAGCCCGUCAUUGAGGAGAUGGAUCCCGAGGCUGCCAUCGAGUCCCAGUACAAGAAGAUCAACACGGACAAGAUCUACGUGUGGCGGGCAAAACGUUUGACCUUCAAGCGCAGUCUCGAGUACUUUUGCACGCUUGCCAAACAGGACGCUACUCUCGAGGACGUGGCCAAGCAACUCCUUGCCAACAAGGGAACUUCAACAGAAGAUGGGGUGGUACUGGAGGAUCGUGAGGAAAAACGCGACGCCGAUGUGGAUGAUGUAGAAGACAAGGAGAGCGUCGUCAAGAUCGAAGCCAAGCACAGUGAAGAUCAGGAAGGAGACCAACUUGUCAGCGAGCCCGACAGUCAUGACGACGACAGCAAGCCGCCCACGAAGACUGCCCUGGAGGCAGGCGAAGUACCGACACCCCAGGUCGAAGAGGAGGAAGGAGACAACGAAAAGGAAAGUGAGGUGGGUGAGAAGCGGAAGGAGAUGCCCGCCUCGCCACUGAAGGCACGCGACGAUGCCUCGUCCCCAGCGGUGAAGAAGAGACGAGUUGCGAACAGCCCACUUCUUGUGACGACACCUGGUGAGGCCAAACCAGCGGGGCCACAAUAA